CCGCGACCGGCGCGUCACUAUUCGGCGAGGUCACGUGACUGCGGUGCUCGUAGUCGGUUGCAUUAUUUAUGUGUUCACGGGGAGUCCCCCCCUACCCCCGGCGAGUGAAGACACCGGCGGCAGCGACGACACCGACUGCGAGGUCUAAGGUGGAAGCGACAGUGAGGCCCGGCCCCUCCGUCACAUAGAUAAACACCGACUGAGACUGAGAGCCCCGGUUAGCUGAACCCCGGGGAGAGGAGAGAGAGAGAAAAAAUAUAAGUCCCGGUUUCUGUGUCAACUACAACCGUUUUUUUCCAGCCGUCAGCACUGCGUCCAGCGGAGUGGGAGACCCCGGGGGGGAGCUGAAGCCAUGUCAUCUCCCAGCCCGGGCAAGAGGCGGAUGGACACGGAUGUUGUCAAACUUAUUGAGAGCAAACACGAAGUCACAAUCCUAGGAGGUCUAAAUGAAUUUAUAGUGAAGUUUUAUGGCCCACAAGGAACACCAUAUGAAGGUGGCGUGUGGAAAGUUAGAGUUGACCUUCCUGACAAAUAUCCUUUCAAGUCUCCUUCUAUAGGAUUUAUGAACAAAAUAUUUCACCCCAACAUCGAUGAAGCGUCAGGUACAGUUUGUCUAGAUGUCAUCAAUCAAACCUGGACAGCUCUGUACGAUCUUACCAAUAUAUUUGAGUCCUUUUUGCCCCAGCUGCUGGCCUACCCCAAUCCAAUAGAUCCACUUAAUGGAGAUGCUGCAGCUAUGUACCUGCAUCGACCAGAGGAGUACAAACAGAAAAUAAAAGAGUACAUCCAGAAAUAUGCAACAGAAGAGGCGCUUAAAGAACAAGAAGAGCGCACAGGGGAUAGCUCAUCUGAAAGCUCAAUGUCUGACUUCUCGGAAGAUGAAGCCCAGGACAUGGAGUUGUAGUAGAUACAAUCUGCUUUUCGGAAGUGAAAAACAAAUACAGACUUAUUUCCUAACCCUGAAAAGCAGACUAUAAUAUUCAUAUUUAAACAAAGCAAUUUUUUUUUUAUUACUAAACAAGGUUUUUAUGAAUAAUAGCAUUGAUAUAUCACCCUUUAGGUCUUGAUUUUCCUGAUCAUUUUGCAACCCAAUGUGCAUAGCUAUGCCCCUUUCCCCCACAUUCCAUUUUGGUAGCUGUGUGCAUGAGAUCAGCAGCCCAACGUUAUACGCUACUUGAACUGAGGAUAAAGACCACAAAUAUAGCAAAAAGCACCAACAACUCUGACUGCUGUGAUACAUAGUUUUCAAGUAGUAUUGUCCUUUUUAUCAACACCCUGCCAAAUGGAUCUUGCCUCGGACUCUGCUGGAAUAGUACAUUCUUAAAUGCAUAUGGUGUACUUUGAGGCAAAAUGUGCACAAGGGAAAAAACUUCUUCUAUGGAAUGUGUGCUUUGGGGGGGCACCAGUUGGUGUUGUCCUUGCCCCUCCUCCCACCUUUUUUUUUUUUUUUUUAAUACAUUUAAAUUUAGCUUAAAAAAAAGCAAAACAAAAAACGUAAAAUAGCCCUUGUGAAUGGGUUUCAUAUAUGUCAGUUUUUAAUUACAGUUUUUCCUUUUUAAUGUUGAUUUAUCACCCUUCUUCAGAGCCAAGAGCGAUGAGAAUAUGACAGUGUUUUAUUUGCUAUUAUGGUGACGUGCUCCAUCUUGAAGGAAUUUAUUCAUUUUGGAGGUAGGGUUUGGGGGUGUGGAGAACCAGUGGUGAAGUGACCCAUUGCUAUUGUUUCCCUUUAGAGAAAAGAGGGUGGUGAAUUGUAUGACUUAAUUUACUUUCAAAUAUAGCGACAACUUCAAAUAUGUGUCAUAUUAUUCACUGUUUUCCAGCUUGUUGUACUGUUGUGACCACAGGAAUAAUAGUCACUUCCAUUCAUAAUUUACUCCUCAUUUUAAAGUAAAUUCCUCUGCUGUUUAAAGGGAGGUCUUCAGUUAAGACCAACAAUAAAGAAAUGUGUUAACUUUCAUAAAUACAUGACCUUUUUCUAGAUCCGAUAGAAUUUAAUUUUGGAAGUUAUUCAUUCAGGAUAUAGAUGGGUGUCUUUAGAGCUGUCUGUUUUUACUCGCUGUCACUGGGAAUAACAAAUUGUCAUGCCUCCUGUUAAAAAAUAAAUCUUCAGUGCUCA